AUGGGUCCUAUUAAAUUUUAUGUAAUAACAGAUCCUGACGAUUUUAUGACUGUUGCGAACUCAUGUCUAGAGAAGGGCUUCUUAUAUAAUUUUGCUAAACCGUGGCUUGGGAAUGGCUUGUUGACUGCACCGCUAACAAAAUGGAAAGCCCAUCGGAAGUUACUAAAUACGGCAUUUAACAAGCAAGUUUUAGAUGGAUUUUUAGAUGUUUUCAAUUGCCAAUCCAGGAUUUUACUUAAAGAAAUAUCUGUGGAAGAGGGAAAAGGACUUUUUGAUCAUGAAAAGUAUAUAAUGCGAAACUCCUUGGAAACAAUAUUCUUGACAGCAACAGGUGUAGAUUUAAGAGCCGACAAAACACUCACCGCAAAGUAUGUGACCUUAACGGAUAGAAUUAUCAGAAGUUUAGUUUACAGAAGUCAAACUAUAUGGUAUUAUAAAGAUUUUAUUUGGAAUAUGAGCAGUACAAAAAGGCAACUAGAUAAGGACAUCGAGUUCUUACACGGUGUAUCAAACAUGAUCGUAAAGCAACGUAGGAAGUGUCAUUCAACUGCGUCUAACACCUCAGAUAAAAAUCUUAAAUCAUUUAGCGAUCUGAUAUUUAAUCUGGAAGGUUCAGAUGGCGAAAACGCUUUCUCAAAUCAAGACGGAAAAGAUCACGUUAAUAACUUGAUUGUGGCUGGUUAUGACACUAUAGCCACCAAUCUUGUAAUUACACUUAUCUUAAUCGGCUCGUAUAAGGAAGUUCAAGACAAAAUCUACAAUGAGCUUGAAGAAGUAUUUGGGCAGUCCGACAGGGAUGUUGAAAAGCAAGACUUACCUCGUCUUACUUAUUUGGAGGCAGUUAUAAAGGAAUCUUUGAGGCUAUACCCUAUUUCUCCUGUUAUAACCCGGCUUAUCGACAAGGAUUUAAAACUAAAAAAUUAUACUUUAUAUUCCGGAAAAAUUUGUUUGCUCUUCAUUUAUGGUGCACACCGACAUCCUGCGUGGGGUGACGAUGCGAAUGACUUUAAGCCGGACAGGUGGUUGAACCCCGAAACUUUGCCAAAGAAUCCGAAUUUAUUUAUGCCUUUUAGCCUGGGAAAAAGAAAUUGUAUAGGUAAAGCUUACGCGAUGAUGUGGUUGAAGACAAUUAUUUCACAUUUUUUGCGUAAAUUCCAAGUAACCGGCGAUUACAAAACAAUGUUGCUUAAGUUUGAUUUCUUGCUUAAACCUUAUUCGGGUAUACAUAUUGCAAUUGAAAGAAGAAAGUGA